AUGCCCACAGAGCCACGCCCACAGAGCCACGCCCACAGAGCCACGCUCACAGAGCCACACCCACAGAGCCACGCCCACAGAGCCACACCCACAGAGCCACGCUCACAGAGCCACGCCCACAGAGCCACGCCCCCAGAGCCACGCCCACAGAGCCACGCCCACAGAGCCACGCCCACAGAGCCACGCUCACAGAGCCACGCUCACAGAGCCACACCCACAGAGCCACGCCCACAGAGCCACGCUCACAGAGCCACGCCCACAGAGCCACGCUCACAGAGCCACGCCCACAGAGCCACGCCCACAAAGCCACGCCCACAGAGCCACGCUCACAGAGCCACACCCACAGAGCCACGCCCACAGAGCCACGCCCCACAGAGCCACGCCCACAGAGCCACACCCACAGAGCCACUCCCACAGAGCCACGCCCACAGAGCCACGCCCACAGAGCCACGCCCACAGAGCCACGCCCAUAGAGCCACGGCACUCAGAACCACGGCACAUAGAGCCACGCCCACAGAGCCACGCCCCCACAGAGCCACGCUCACAGAGCCACGCCCACAGAGCCACGCUCACAGAGCCACGCCCACAGAGCCACGCCCAUAG